UAAAUCGUCAUCAUUCAGGACUGCCUCCAGCCGUUGAGUAUGCAGGCCCUGCCAGCCCAGCCUGAGAGUCUGUGUAUUGUUGAGAUGGGAGGAGUGGAGAAACAGGAUGAACUCGGAGAAAAGGGAACCAUCGGCUUCCUCUACCUCAACAUAGGGCUCCAGAACGGUGUGCUGCUGAGGACUGUUCUGGAUCCAGUGACGGGCGACCUGUCAGACACCAGAACACGCUACCUGGGGUCCCGACCCGUCAAGCUCUUCAGAGUCAGGAUGCAGGGGCAGGAAGCUGUUCUGGCCAUGUCCAGUCGGUCCUGGCUGAGCUACUCGUACCAGUCGCGCUUCCAUCUGACCCCGCUGUCAUACGAGACUCUGGAGUACGCCUCUGGCUUUGCAUCUGAGCAAUGCCCUGAAGGCAUCGUCGCCAUUUCCACCAACACACUGAGAAUCUUGGCUUUGGAGAAAUUGGGAGCAGUCUUCAACCAGGUGGCCUUUCCUCUGCAGUACACUCCGAGGAAGUUUGUAAUCCACCCGGAGACCAACAACCUCAUUUUGAUCGAGACCGACCACAAUGCCUACACCGAGGCAACCAAAGCCCAAAGGAAGCAACAAAUGGCUGAGGUAAGAUUUGCAAU